AUGGCCAAAUUAUUCAGUUUCACAACCCUCAGAGAUCGAUGGUAUCGUUAUUUCUUUUCGUUCUCCGGCCUCCGAUCGGUAUCCAAAGAUCUCGGCGAUGGUACCAUCAUGCACUGCUGGAUUCCCAGAACGUACAGACCAUCGAAGCCCAAUCUCCUCCUCCUCCAUGGCUUUGGCGCCAACGCCAUGUGGCAAUACGCCGAUCUCCUAUGUCACUUCACCCCUAAAUUCAACGUCUUCGUUCCCGAUCUACUUUUCUUCGGGGGCUCGUUCACGACCAGACCAGAACGGUCGGAAUCGUUUCAGGGAAAAUGCGUGAUGAAGAUGAUGGACGAUGGGUUUGGGGUUCAUCGGAUGAGUUUGGUUGGGAUAAGUUAUGGUGGUUUCGUUGGCUACAGCAUGUGUGCAGAGUUCCCGGAGGCGGUGGAGAAGCUGGUGGUUUGCUGCGCCGGUAUCUGUUUGGAGGAGAAGGAUUUGACGAAUGGUUUGUUCAAGGUUUCGGAUUUGGAAGAGGCGGAGAGGAUCUUGUUGGCACAGACGCCGGAAAAGUUGAGGGAAUUGAUGAAGUUUUCGUUCGUAAAGCCUGUCAAAGGAAUCCCAAAUUACUUUCUAUCUGAUUUCAUCAAUGUGAUGUGUUCAGAUUAUCUAAAAGAAAAGAGGGAGCUUAUUCAAUCAAUUCUCAAGGAUAGACAGAAUUCGAAGAACCCAAAGAUUAAUCAGCCCACACUGAUAAUUUGGGGAGAGAAAGAUCAGAUUUUUCCCUUGAUCCUUGGUGAAAGAUUAGAAAGACAUAUUGGGGAGAAUGCUAGAUUGGUAGUCAUUGGAAAUGCUGGGCAUGCAGUUAACUUUGAGAAAUCCAAAGAGUUCGCCAAACACCUCAAAGACUUCCUUUUUGAUGAUUCCAUCUCCUCAUUAUCAAGUUCCGUUUCCUCGUUAUCGAGCUCCAUUUCCUCGUUAUCGAAUUCUCUUUCCUUCUAUAGCUGCAGAGAAGAAUGA